CUGAGGUGUCAAGUUGGUGAAGAGAGCCAAACCCCAGCCAUGACAACUUUCAAGGACUUGAAGCCUGGCCAGGCCCAAUUCCUAUCAUCUUUCAAGCCGUCCCUUGUUCCAGGCGAUUAUAGGGUUACCGUCAAGCAGGAAGUAGUCUAUCCCGAAGGCGAGCAGAGUCGGGAACUGAAAACAGACAAAACAUUCACAGUAAAAGGUCCAAGUCAAUAUCAGCUUCCAGCAGGGUCUAUUCACUCUGUCUAUCCAGCUGAAGGCGAUGCUGUCCCUUCAAAAGUACUGCCUCAGGUCACGCUCAGUGAUUCUCAUCUACCGUGGGAGCUGAGUCCAGAUGACAACGAUGAAAGAGCCAACAAGCACGUCAACGGGUCACUUAUACCAUGGCUUGCUCUCUUGGUCUUUACAGAAGAUGAGAUUAAGAAGCUGCCGCCAAUGAGUGCACAGCCCUCACCAUCUCCAACAUUAUCAGUCCGUCUGAGCAAGAAACAGCUAAGAGAGUUGAGCUCGUCUUCCUGUCGAAUCCCACUGUCUCAACAAGAGCUUCAAGAUAAUCCAGACGAAGGGAUCAACACUAUAUUUGUCAAUUCCUCAGCUUUCCAGGCUUAUUUCUCACGGCAAAUGGGUGAGGGCGAGGUAGAGCCAGCGAUAGCGCGGUAUUCAUACUUGUCGCAUAUUCGACGUUCCCGCUCAACAAAAGCGCAGGAUGCAACGACGGAUACGUUCGGUAUCGUUCUGGGCCACCGGUCCGGUCCAUUGGAAGUCAAAUCUUCAGUGACCGCAUAUGCACAUCUCGUAUCUCUCAUGGGAGUGUCAAAUCUCCAGAUGCCCGAGGAAUCAGACCUGACGGCGUUGGUAUCGCUUUACUCCUGGUCAUUCACAUGGACAGAGGGACAUGACGCUGAAAUUGCCAGCGUCAUUAAGACUCUGGCAGAUAACGUCAGGCCUCUAAGAAGGGCCGUUGAACCGUCAACAGACCCAUGGCUGAAGAGACGCAUGGAAUCGGGUUACACCUUGGUCAAGCACCGACUGCAAACUGGAGAACAAACUGCUUCUAUGUUCCGUGGCCCGUUGGUGCCUUUUCAGCCCCGAGGAGAUGAGCUUGAGAAUGCUGAGGCUGCAGGGCAUGGAUCAGGACUCCAGAUCGUUGAUCGAACGACAGGCAUUGUCGAUAUCACAUAUUCCGCUGCUUGGAGCCUCGGUCGUUCGCUGGCUAUUGAGAACUCUUCUUUCACCAUGGCUAUAUCAGCACUGCGAGCAAAGAUCACGCAGGUGUACAGAACAAGCUUGCCGUCAGGGUUCAUGGAGGGAGAUGCGUCUGAAACAGCGUCUAGAGAGUUGCCUGACUGGUAUCAGAAGCUUCAGAAGAUUUCUCAAAACACAGGAGAAACAAAAUCUUUUUCGACAUCAGAAACAAGCUCUCGGUGGAAGAGAGCUCGAGACACCCUCGCCGGAUCGAAGCCUGGGUUUUCUGCUCCCGGUUUCGAAGCAGAGGAAAACCUAGAAGCUGUACGCAAGUUUCUUCAAGACGAGGUUGACAUACUAGUCGAUGACAAAGACUGGUAUGCACGAGAACUUGUUGAGCCUACACAAGAAGGUCUCUACCUAGCCAAAGUGCUCGACUUUGUCUACAAUCAGCUCCUCACUCUCCGUGCAGUCCCGCACAAUUACAUGUUUCCUGAACCUGACAUUCUUGACACUGAAGCUGUCUUGACUUUCUACGUUGAUCCUCUUUGGGUCGAUACCCUUGUCGAUGGCGCCCUGAGCAUUGGGAGUCACAGCACCGUUAAUGAGGACUUUACCAGAAAUGAGAUCAAGCGGGCCAUCAAUAAGUAUCUUUCCAAGGUGGAAGUUCAAUACAAGAACCCACGAGUUCCUCGAUGGGGAGCCAUCAUCUGCGGAAAGUUACUGGGAACGUUUGACGAUCCUCGCAUUCGAACUGGCAGCAGCCUCGCCCCGUCACCUCAACUGCUGGUUACCACAAAGCUUCAAGAUAGAGCCCUUUUACUGAUCUUGAACUGUCGGCCCAGCGACUUACCCUCUGGCCUGACGAUAAGCCAAGCUCCCCAUCAACAAUGUUUCUCGGCCGGUAAAGUCCUGACAAAAGAGGAGAUCGAGAUCGAACCAACAGGUGUAGCACCAGAAGAUGCAGUCGUUGAUCCGAAAGAUUUGCAAAUUUCUGUUAUCAAAGAGCGCAGGGACUCAUCGCCGCGGGUUUUCAACUUUGAUACAAGAUGUUUGAACCCAUUCGAAAUUAUGCAACACUACGUCAAAGAAGCGACGAGCAAAGGAGGCAAAUACCCCGCGACUGGUUCAUCGGCUCUCUUGUCCUUCGUUCUGGGCGACAAGGUGCAAGAGUUUUCUAUCAGACCUACAGAGGACCAAGUCGAUACGGGCAAAGAACAACCUCUUGAGCCGUUCCAGCUCAGUACGGAGACUCGCCAUGCAAACCCAGAUCAGCUUGAGUCCAUGAAUACUACGACUCUUAAGUCUAGCUCUGGCUCUAUCAAGCUUGCUUUUCGGGCUCUUGAAGAAAAGACGGUACCCAUGGCGAAGCCGGUCCCAGCGGAGGGCACAGCCAAAACCCAGAUAUCAAGACAUAUACCUCGAAUCUCUCGGGAAGGCGAUGUCAGCUGCAUCAAAGCAUCUUCCAGAGUCCUGAAACAGCAUCACUUGGCAGACGGAACCCGUCUUGUUGAUCUAAUCGUCAGUCUCAACUCCGAAGAAGCAGACAAGCUGAAGAACAAAAACUUCCUCGGUAUCAAUGUUUCUUUUCCUCUCAUGGCCUUAAUGGACCCUAAAUCAAUCGGUCAACCAAGAGUCACAUUGUUUGGCGAAGGUUCCGCUCGCUGGAUAUCAGGCAGUGCCUAUGUCACCAGUGAUCAGCCUAGCUUUACAGUUAAGUUGAGACUCAGGGCUCCAGGACUCGCUAACAAGGUCAACUUUGGGUUUUUGUUAAGCAAUGUCAAACUUUCAGAUAGUAUUGAUGAUGAUGUGGUGCUGGGAGUCGAAGAGGAGUAUAGUACAGAGGGGAAGAAUUUCAGUGGGGAAGACUCCGUGACCAGGGUUGUCAGACAAACGUGUGGAAUUGAGGGUCUCUAGAGAGAGAGACGAGUAGUUACUAAUUUACCGAUUUUCUGC